GAGCUGUGAGAGGCAGCGGAGGGACGGGAGGAGGGAGCGCAUCGCUGCUGAUUUGGGAGACCUGGCAUCUCUCAGCACCCAGGACAUUCUCUCCCCUUUUGGGGUAGCCAUGCUGGCUUCGGGGGGCUCUUGGCUUAUAAACCUGCUCCGACUGGCUUGCUUGUUGGCUCUCCGUGCUUGUGCGAUGCUGGUUUCCGGACAGGAGAUCUACGCGCCUCAUUCCAUCCGGAUAGAAGGGGACAUCACUUUGGGGGGGUUGUUUCCAGUCCACUCCAGGGGUCUCCCCGGGAUGCCCUGCGGGGACAUCAGGAAAGAGAAUGGGAUCCACAGGCUGGAGGCCAUGCUCUAUGCAUUGGAUCAGAUCAAUAGUGACCCGGACAUUCUGCCCAAUGUGACUCUGGGGGCCCGUAUACUGGAUACAUGUUCCCGGGACACCUAUGCUCUGGAGCAGUCUCUCACCUUUGUGCAGGCUCUCAUACAAAAGGAUACUUCCGACGUGCGAUGCACUAACGGGGACCCGCCGGUAUUCGUCAAACCAGAAAAAGUUGUGGGAGUCAUUGGGGCGUCGGAAAGUUCUGUAUCUAUUAUGGUGGCCAACAUCCUGCGACUCUUCCAGAUCCCUCAGAUUAGUUAUGGCUCAACAGCUCCAGAGCUCAGUGAUGAUCGUCGCUAUGACUUCUUCUCUAGAGUGGUACCUCCAGACUCCUUCCAAGCACAAGCCAUGGUGGAUAUUGUAAAGGCAAUGGGAUGGAACUACGUGUCAACGCUGGCAUCUGAAGGAAGCUAUGGGGAGAAAGGCGUGGAAUCCUUUAUGCAAAUAUCAAGGGAGGCAGGGGGUGUCUGCAUUGCUCAGUCCCUGAAGAUACCGUAUGAACGAACGACCAGUGACUUUGAUAAGAUUAUCAAGCAGCUUUUGGAAACUUCAUCUGCUCGUGCCGUGGUGCUUUUUGCUGUCGAUGAUGAUGACAUCAGACAGGUUUUGUCUGCAGUGAAAAGAGCCGACAAGGUGGGACACUUCCACUGGGUGGGAUCAGACACCUGGGGGGCCAAAGUUGGCCCCAUAAUUCAGAAUGAAGACGUAGCUGAGGGGGCUAUUACAAUUCUUCCCAAGAGAGCAACUAUAGAAGGUUUUGACGCCUACUUUACAUCAAGGACUUUGGAGAAUAACAGGCGGAAUGUCUGGUUUGCAGAAUUCUGGGAAGAAAAUUUCAACUGCAAGUUAACCAUUACCGGCUCUAAGAAGGAAGACACUGAUCGCAAGUGUACAGGCCAAGAACGCAUUGGACAGGAUUCCCUCUAUGAACAAGAUGAAAGAGUCCAGUUUGUAGUAGAUGCAGUGUACGCCAUGGCUCAUGCGUUGCACAACAUGAACAAAGACCUGUGUCCAGGCUCUACUGGUAUCUGCCCAGAGAUGGAACAUGCAGGUGGAAAGAAACUUCUCAAGUACAUCCGCAAUGUCAGUUUCAAUGGUAGUGCCGGGACCCCAGUUAUGUUUAACAAAAACGGGGAUGCUCUGGGGCGAUAUGACCUCUUCCAGUAUCAGAUUACAAAUGGCAGCACGCAAGGCUACAGGCUGAUUGGACAAUGGACGGAUGAAUUGCAGCUUAAUAUCGAAGACAUGCAGUGGGCUAAAGGACCAAGAGAGAUCCCACCCUCAGUCUGCAGCUUGCCAUGUAUGAUGGGUGAGAGGAAGAAGAUGGUUAAAGGCAUGCCUUGUUGUUGGAACUGUGAGUUGUGUGAUGGUUAUAAGUACUUGCGGGAUGAAUUCACCUGUAACCUCUGUGACUACAAUAUGCGACCCAACAAAAACCGUACUGGUUGUGACUCCAUCCCCAUUAUCAAGCUGGAGUGGCACUCCCCCUGGGCUGUAAUUCCUGUGUUCUUAGCUAUGCUUGGAAUCAUUGCUACCAUCUUUGUUAUGGCAACUUUUAUACGGUACAACGACACCCCCAUUGUUAGAGCUUCAGGCAGAGAGCUAAGCUAUGUCCUGCUAACAGGAAUCUUCCUUUGCUAUAUAAUCACCUUCCUCAUGAUUGCCAAGCCUGAUGUGGCUGUGUGUUCCUUCAGACGCAUCUUCUUGGGGUUGGGCAUGUGCAUCAGCUAUGCAGCUCUUUUAACCAAAACCAACAGGAUCUACAGGAUUUUCGAACAGGGUAAAAAGUCAGUGACAGCCCCACGGCUUAUCAGCCCCACUUCGCAGCUGGCCAUCACUUCCAGUUUAAUAUCUGUCCAGCUGUUAGGAGUCCUUAUUUGGUUUGGAGUUACCCCUCCCAGUAUCAUCAUUGACUAUGGGCAGCACACAGUGACCCCGGAGCAGGCAAGAGGGGUCCUGAAAUGUGACAUUACAGAUCUACAAAUCAUAUGCUCCUUGGGAUACAGCAUCCUCCUUAUGGUGACAUGCACUGUGUAUGCCAUCAAAACAAGGGGCGUACCAGAGAACUUCAAUGAAGCCAAGCCGAUAGGCUUUACUAUGUAUACUACCUGUAUAGUUUGGCUGGCUUUCAUCCCAAUAUUUUUUGGAACUUCACAGUCAGCAGAAAAGCUCUACAUCCAGACCACCACCCUUACCAUCUCCAUGAAUCUUAGUGCCUCGGUGGCUUUGGGGAUGCUCUACAUGCCUAAGGUUUAUAUCAUCAUCUUCCACCCAGAGCUCAAUGUCCAGAAACGUAAGCGGAGCUUCAAGGCUGUGGUAACGGCAGCCACAAUGUCGACGCGCUUGUCGCACAAGCCCAGUGACCGACCCAAUGGAGAAGCCAAGACAGAGCUCUGUGAGAAUGUCAACCCAAACAGUCCAGCAACCAAGAAAAAAUAUGUCAGCUAUAACAACCUGGUGAUAUAGACAGCCUCCUUGUUCAAGAUGAGAGGAGCAGCACCAUUUUCACUCCUGCGUUGUGCAGUGCAGCUUGCUCCCUCUCUACCAUGCGCCUCUCCUACAGCGGCCAAUCAUGGGAGGAGAGGAGCUUUUGGGACAUGGCGGUGCACUGCCCUUGAGGGCUGGAACAGCUGCUUCAUCCAAGCCAUCUGAACUGUUCCUGGCUUGAGUGUCGGAAGCCGGGACAAAGGGAUGAGCGCCGAGCCCCGUGUGAAGCAAGUCUUGAGCGGAAGUUACCAGGGCUCUUCCGCAUCUCCCGGGACCAUCAGACUCAGACCUUACUGUACAGUUUCUGAUGAACAUUCAGCAUACAACAAAUGUCCCCCUUUCCUUCUCCAUCUUCCAUUUUUUUCCAUCCUUGGGGAGUCCAUUCUCAUAGGCCUCUUUUUCUCUCCAGCCAAGAGCACUUCUCUCAACUUUCACUUUGAAGCACAUUUUUCUAUUGUUUGUUCAUUCCUCUGGUUGAAAUUCAUUGAGCCCCAGAUGUUUUCCCUCUCUUUAUCUCUCUGUUCUCUGUUUUUUUCUUUAUUUUUCCUUCUUGAGAAAAACAAGGUUUUAUAAAGACCAAAAACUGUGUGUGCGACUCAGCCUACUCCUGAGCGUGAUUGGCUGGCAGGUUCUGGUAUGUGAUUGCCUGAUGACCUCGGGGUUUCCUGUCUCUGAAUGCAUGUUCUUUCCUUGCAUCAUUUCUUUUUACUGUCGGAAGAUUUUACUGUUUGUGUUUGGUUUUACUUCAUUUGCCCAUGACGGGGGUCUUGCUGACAGGCCUGGAGGUACGGUGGCCAACAUUUACGCCUGCCUUCCGGUGAUCUGUCUGUGCCCAGUCUGCGAGGGCCACUCCGUGGAUUCAGAUGUGACAAAAACAAAGCAUGUAUGUUUUCUACUGUUUGUAAUGAGUAUUUUCUGCUUACGUGCCAACAUCGUGAGACACCCUCCCCAAAUCGCCCUGUGAUAUUGUCAGAGAAUGUAUCAAUAAAAGAUUUUGAUUAUCUUUUC